UCAUUUUGAUUCUCAAACCUAUAAAAAGAACAAAAAAAAUUAUAAAACAGCAGCUCAAAAUGGUCAUUUUCAAACUUUGGAGGAUUCUUUAUCUAUGGCAAAGUCUAAAAAAAUUGUAAUGAAAAAUCUUGUGAAAGUGUUUAUUAAGACAAAUAUAUCUUUAGAAAAAGUAAAUAUGUUACAACUAUUUUUUAGAAAGUAUUAUAAAGAAGGAGAUUUAGUACCACAAGCUGAUGCACUAAGAUAA